GUGAAUCCAGCAAUCCCUUAUUUACAGCGCAAGGGAGAAGCACACUACACUAUUAUGUGUUAACUGCAUCGACGUCACGGCUUCAAGAAAACCAGCACCAUGAGCACCAUCACGAAAUCAGCGCCGAUCGCGAGGGCGGCUUUCAAGCCUCAAGUCCUGCGGCAGACAUCCCGUCUUGGCUUUGCCAGUAAAGCUGCACCGGCCGAGUUGCUCCGGAAGAAGGUCGACGGCAAGAAUGUCAUAAUCACGGGUUCAGCUAGGGGCAUCGGCAAGUCAAUCGCCCUACGGCUCGCUUCUGAUGGAUACAAUGUCUGUAUCAAUGACAUCCCCGCCCUGGAGAGCAGCGCCGAUGAAGUCGUCAAGGAGAUCACAUCUAUGGGAAGGAAGGCAUGCACGGCCGUUGGUGACGUGACGAAGCGAAGCGAUGUCAAAGAUGUGAUCCAGAAGAGCGUCAAGGAGCUAGGCCCCCUUCACACAAUGAUUGCCAACGCCGGCAUUGCCCAGGUCAAGGCCCUGCUGGAUCUCACGGAGGAGGACUUCUCCCGGAUGUUCUCCGUCAACGUACACGGCGUUCAAAACUGUUACGCUGAAGCCGCCAAGCAGAUGAUCAGCCAGGGCACCUGCAAGCCAGACGCCCCCGGAAAGAUCAUCGGUGCAUCCUCCAUCGUCGGUUUCAAGCCGUUCGCCCUGCUCUCACACUACAGCGCAUCCAAGUGGGCCGUCCGGGGUCUCACGCAGGCCUACGCGAUGGAGCUGGCGGAGCACAACAUCACCGUCAACGCAUACGCGCCGGGCAUCGUGGGCACGGGAAUGUGGGAGCUCAUCGAUGAGGGUCUUGCCAAGAAGCAAGGGCGGGAGGUCAAGAAGGGCGCUAUGAUGGACAAGAUGGUCUCGGAGCUUACAGCGCUGGGAAGAGUGAGCGUGCCUGAGGACGUUGCGAAGCUGGUGAGCUUCCUGUGCAGCAGCGACAGCGAUUUCGUCACUGGGCAGACGCAGAUCGUUGAUGGAGGCAUCAUCUUCACCUGAUUGGGGGGAGCUUGUUCCACAUGUCAUAUAUUUUGUGUGUCUUUAUGACUGAUGACGGUGAACUUGACCUUUUCACGGUUGGUCUCAAUUGAAAAGAAAAUACUUCGAG